GAUCUCAGCAACGAAAUGGAGAAGGCAAACGAGGGAAGGCACGCAGCCCUCAGUUACGAUGACUUAAAUGAAAAAUAUAAAGCUUUGCAAACAUUAAUAGAAAAGACAAUGAAUAUGCAUCAAAAGGUGCGAGAAGAUUUAGAGGUUCAGAGUCGUCAAAAGCGAAGGGAGGUCGAGAGUCAGGAAAUAGCUAAGAAACCUAGAAUCUCAUCUAUCGAAGCUUUGCCUCCCGGUACUCGCCUUUUGAGUGACAGUACUAACAAACAAACUUUUUCGUCAGUCCGAAACAACGCAUCAAGUAGUACUAACGACGUUAAGGACUUAAUUCGUGAAAAUACCUCCAAUGAAAGUUUAGCUAGUCAGAUUAAAGAAACUAUAAAAAUAGAAUUUUUAAGUAAAGAUAGCGGUACUAAACGCGAUUAUAAACUAGGCCAGCGAGUCAAAUUUGAACAUUUCUACGAAUUCUUUUCAUCUGAACUACGCACCAAUGACUUGUUGUAUGUCAUCGAUAAGACCAUCAAGCCACCGCAAAAUCUGAACGAGCAACAAAUGGAAAAACAAAAAUUCAAAGUCAGAGAAAUCUUGAUCAACAGAAUAGAACAAACCUAUCACUCUAAGGUAUUACAUAUUCAAGAUCCCGUUGAAAUAUUAGAGAAACUAAAGGAAUUCAAAAGGUGCGAAGUAAAUGUAACGAGCCAUAGUAUCAGACAGCAACUCUACUCCAUUAAAUACGAAUGCACCAGAGAAACCGCUUUACAAUUCUGGGACAAGUUUGAAGAAAUUAUACGAAAUUACGAGAACCUCCCAGAUAUUGCUCCCUUAACUGAACAGGAAAAACGAGACGCAUUUUACGCAGCCAUAAUAAAAUCUGAACCGGAAGUACAGUCUAUAGAAUUUAUGACAAGAAGCCAAACCGGAAGAGGUCUCACCUAUGAUGCACUAAAAAGAUUCAUUAUUCAAGCCAAAGCUAAUCGCGGACAGAUAACAACAAAUCAUCCGAGCUCGAAACAGAACUCGAUCACGUCAGUGGCCUAUGCGAGAUCCGGAUGUAAUGUCCGUUGUUUCGAAUGUGACGAUCUUGGUCACAUGAAAAAUGAGUGCCCGAGAAGAGGUAUGGGCUUGAGAAAGUGCUAUGAAUGUGGUGAAUUUUCCACGCACAAAGCUGCUGAGUGCCCAAGUCGUACAUCAGGACAAAGGAACCUAAGGAGACGUGGCGGAUGUCGGGGAAGAAAAUACGACAAUGAUGGAUCAGAACGAUUUGAGCGAAUGCAUUCUAACAACAAAAGAUCAUUUAAGGCGAGAGGAUCUAAACAAUUCAACGGGGGUAAAAAUAAGUAUACAAACAGACAAAGCAACCAAAAUAAAGAAAAUCAGGGCUAUCGGAAUAAUCGGUACGCUAAGCGACGUGGUUAUCGAGGAGGAUACCAAAGACAGCGAGGAGCGUCCAAGACUCCAACAACCUCAACUCCUCAAGCGGACUCAACAAAAGAUCAGACAGGUUCGGUGAAUAACAAUCAAGUUACAGAUGCACGUAGUAAGUAAAUCCGGAUUCAUCGCAAAGGAAUUCGACAAAAGAGUUUCCCCAAAGAAGGAAAUUGUAUGCCAAAUUAGAAGUAGAUGUUUAAAAAUUUAGUCUUUAGUCAUAGUUUACAUUUAAAAGUAUUCAUGCUUUCUGUAUCCAAAACAAAAUGUAUU